AUGCAAAUCUCCAGAUUUCGGAAGGGUAUUAUGAAGCCCUUCGAGAAUUUGACUGCAUUAGAAUCGUUGGUUCAAUGGUUAAGAUUGAUCUCAUCGACCCUGAUAAUUGCGCUGGGAAUAGUAGUUACAGUGGGGCCGCUGACAUCACCAAACGCAUUGAGAGUGGCACAGUUCGAUACUAGACCUGCAGAUAUUACCAAAGGUCUUUUCGAAGCUUUAAAGCAUGCAGUGGAAGUAUUUGGUUCUACAGACGUGAAUAAUGGUGUGGGUAUGACGACUUCAGAAAUAUUUAUCCUCACUGAGUAUACUGAGGGUCAAAUUCAAAAUAUUCCUCAAUUUAUUACUUUAAACUUGUAUGGUCGUUGUGAUAUUAGUUAUGAGACAAAGGAUAUAGAGGGACCCAAGGGAAUAACGCAGGUGAGAAAUUCUACCAUCUCUCAGAGUUGUCAUAGGACAGGGCCUGGUUUUAUCUUUGACUAUCGUAGUGUACUGUUACAACUGGGAUUAGACAUUGUGCUUGAUUACGCUUAUGAUAAAAGUGGAUCUUCAUCUGAAUCGAAUAGUUACAAUGAAUAUAUGUCGAGCAUACGACAUCGGAAAGGAGAGAUGGUUAAUUUACUGUAUGCUGUGAUAAGUCUAGAGAUUUGCAUACUUGUGAUGACUUUUUGGUAUUACAUUAUUAAGGGAAGGUUCAUUAAUCCAUUUAAAGAAAGGCUCCUCAUGCAUUCCAUAUCGCUAUUAUCAUUCACCGUUUUCAUAUGUUCAUUAACUAGCAUUAUUACAUUGACUUGUAUUAAUUAUAACCUGAGGGAUCGUGUUAGAAACGAAUUAAAGGCAUUUGGAUUUUCUUACAGUUUGGGGACUUCCUGGUUAAUGAGCAUGUGGUUCAUGGCUGUAUUUGUUAUCGUAUCGACUCUAGUUUGGUCAGGUUUGGAAUGGUGUAUCUCUGAUUCUCAGGACUAUGGCGACGAAACUCAAAAUAACAUUUUAUCCUACGAGCCAGGUGUUUUUAUGGAUGAGAGUGAAUUGAGAGACUCAAACGAUGGAUUUGAGGACGGAGAAAUGUACCGCUCUAAUAAUAUCACUAGUGAAACUAACGCUGUGCGUAGAUCUGUAGACGGUUAUGAAUCGGACUGCGCAGAAGAGUUGGAAUUACAAGACUUAGCACUUUACUCAAGUGAAGAUAGUGGUUUGAUGAUGCAGAGAACAGUGAAACCAUCUUCAACCAUGCAAUUUUGA